AUGACAAAGUUCAAGACGGUUUAUGAGCGUAAAAGCUUUUCCAAGCAAGAGUGGAAUGAAUUUGUGCUUGAGUCUGCGUUGCCGCAUGCUGUAGUGAAGGAAAAUUUGAAUCAAGAGAAGAUUGCAGAACCGAGUAUCCCUUUAUUGUUGCUUAAUUACUUUGUGGUCAUGGCGUAUGAGGAAUCUAGUGUUCGGAUGGCUCGGGAAUUGGGGUUUGUGAAAAAUAAUAAGGAUGCUAAUGAGUUCAAUCAGAUCUACAAGAUUCGUGAGAGAGCUUAUAUACGGGAGCUUAUUAAAAUGGGGGAUAUUCUGAAGGCCAUGGAGGAGAUAAAUGAUAAAUUUGGUGUGGAGACAUUAGAAAUUAUAGAUACAGGGUUAUCAAGUCCUCGAAGUAAAUCUCUGCAGGAUGAGGAUCUUCAUUUCAAGUUGUUGCUUUUAAGUUUGAUUGAAAUGAUUAGGCACCAUCACCAGGAUCCACCGAAAUCAGAAGAGGAGUCUAAUAUGUUUAUAUUGGACUUGAUAGAAUAUUCGCAGGAAAAAUUGGCAACAAAAGCAAGCUCUAACAAAGAAUACAUGAAGGAACUAGAACUAGUGAUGACAUUGUUACUCUUUCCGAUGGAAUCAGUGAAGGAUGACGAUGGUAACCGGAUUCGGAUCCCGAAAAGUCUAAAGAGGCUAUAUUCUCUUUCUUUGAGAUCUAGGAUCGCAGAAUUAGUUAACAGAAAACUACUUCAGCGGAUUCACCCACAGAUAUCGAUGGCUGGUACCCAAGGUAAGUACCCGGACCUCUUGGGCAGUAAUAUCGCGGAAAAGAAUUUUGCGCAUUUCAAUGAUCUUCUAAAGUCCAGGGUAAAAGAAGAUAUCUCAUCAAAUUUUACUAAAGGCUCGUUAUCUGGUAUCAAAGAUGCUCCCGAUGGGCCUUUGAACAACAAUGCGUGGAUGAAAGCAAACUGGACAAGUACUGGUCGUAUGCUUCAAGAUCAUGAUGCGAAAAACAACGCGCAGGAGGAAAGACUGCAUAUAGAAUAUGAAGUAAAACUAGUUCAGGUAAUGAAACUAUGGGCAUGGUGUGAAAACCAAUUGCACAGUUGUGAUGUGGGGGUACCCAGAGUCGAGAGUGCAAUAUAA